UGGGCACUGAUAUGCAACAAUGGUGGGCACUGAUAGGCGGCACUGCUGGGCACUUAUAGGCGGUCACUGAUGGGCAUCCAGGGGCAAACUGACAACUCAUGGGGCUCCCGGCAAUAGGGGAUCAUGGGGCCCCUGUGUCCUUGCCCAAACUCAAAAAAGCCUAUGAAAAAGGUACCAGGGGCAUAUCUCAUGGGGCCCCCUACUGACCCCGGGCCCUCAGGCAGUGCCCGGGUUUCCAAAUGGUCAGUCCGCCCC